AUGAUCACCUCUAAACAUUACUUCUGUUUUCUCUUCUCUCAGUACAUUCUGAACGAGAUAGAGGUGGAGGCGAAGACAGAACUGUGGAUGAAGCAAAAUGAGGAGUAUUUGAAGGAACAGAAAGAAAAAGAAGAAAGAAUAGCUAAAGAAAAGGAGCAAGGGACCUAUAAGGAGAAGCCAAAGAAGCCGUCCAAGAAGCGAGAACCGAUCCUGGCCAGCACUGCGGGAGAGGCCAUUGAGAAGAUGCUGGAGCAGAAAAAGAUUUCCAGUAAGAUCAAUUAUGAUGUUUUGUGGGACCUCAACAGCAAGGGCAGCGGGAGCAACACCACCCAGCAAGCCGAGGACGUGCCCGCCGGUGGCUCUGGACGCAAGAAGUUGACCCGCCGCAAGAAGCAGCCAAACAAGAGCAAUCUUGGGCUUGCUAAACCUGCAAGCCUCAUGGGCAAGAGGCUCCGCCCUUUAAUAUCGUCCGCUCCCAAGAAAAAGAGGACACCAACCACACUGGUCACUGCCAACAUCACCACGAUGUUGCCUCCUGCAGCCCCAGAGCCCCCUCCGGCCCCCACCCCUCCCCCCAUGUUGGAAAUUGGGCCUGUGGCAUAUGAGGAACCUGCAGAGGAAGAAGAGGAAAAUGAGGAAGAGGCAGAAGAGUCUUGCGUUAGUGCCAUGGAGCUGAUAGGUGGAAAUGAUUACGGAUGUGAAGCUGAAGAAGAGGAAGUCUUUUAGACUGAACUUGUCUGCCCACCAAACUUGUCCUUCCAUUACCUUGUACAGUGAAGAGCAUUUAAAGCACAUUUGAGAUGCCUAUAAUAUGCUGAGCAUUUACGAAAGGUCACUCUCGCUCAGUGUAGUACAUAUGACUGGUUAAACUGCAGCAUCUGUGUGAUGAGUGAGACACUACGGAAGAAGGUGGCUGGCACCAUUUUAGCACUGAAGUAGUUUGCUGAGGAUCUCAGAGAAGAUGUUUCACAGGUGCAGUAGGAUUUGAACAUGUGAAGAUACUGAUGUCUGCUCAGCUAAUAAUGUUGGAUGCAUUGUGGGACAAUGUACUAGCGAUUUGUUUUACACUUAUUGUACCACAUUUAUUGUACAUAUAUAGUAAGAAGCUGUAAAUAUAUGGCACUGUGUUUAACUUUUUAUUUUUAACCUAUUUAAUGCUACAUGUGUCUGUAUAUAUGUAUAUGUGACAGCUUUUUGUCAAAUACACUGUUUUAUUUCCUAAUUCCAUGAAAAGUAAAUGUUCUUCUGUGUUGGGUUGUGAUAAAUAUUAAUGUGUAAUAUACUGCAGUGUAUUGUACAGAAAGGAUGUUACCCUCGUUUUUAUCCGCUUUCAUUGAAUACUGUUGUGAGAUGUAGAUUUCAGAGUACAGAUCUGUGAUUGAAAAAUUAGUGACUAGAACAAUAUAAGGUAUGUGAAUAAAUUCACAUUUAUUCAGGA